UGUGGCACUGGUGUGAUCAUCGGGCAGAUUCUCGCGAUCGUUCGCUUGCAGUGCACAAUCAGCGCGCAUUUCUCCAGUAGUUUAAACCUCUCUAGUCCUCGCGCCAAUAACUAUAAUAAUCGUUCUCGUUCCUUUUCACGAGCAGGUAUAUUACAGUUAAAUAUGAUUUUAUCGAAAAUAAUAGCAUGUGUCGUCAUACCAUUGCUGUUCACGGUCGUUCAGUCAAACCGAGAUUUUGCUCACCGUUUAACAACUAUUGAAGACUUAGCAACACGCGACAACGUCAUAAACGUGCCGGUAGCUUUGCCUACCGGUUACGUUGUGAAUCGACCGUCUCAAAAUAUAGCUGCUGCAGGAGAUCGAGUGGACGUUAACAAAGAACCAAGCAAAGAAGUUUCAGAAACUGAUAUGUAUUUACUAGGAGCUAUAGAAAAAUUGGUACAUAGAAUGGAUUUAAUGGAAAAACGGUUAAAACGAUCAGAAGAACUCAUUCAACACAUUGUAGAAGGAAAUGCAGUCAACAGAGAAGAUCCUUGUCCAGGUAAUUUCACGCGUAUCGCACAUACUUGUUAUCACUUUAGUGAAAGACAGUAUAACUGGAAGUCAGCUAUGUCGAUGUGCAAGAGUCUGGGAGGAAAUCUGUUAGAGUUCGACAACAAAGACGAACAGAUUGAUGUGCUGACGUACCUUAUCGGUGACAAGUAUCUAAGAGGUUACGACUAUUGGACGGGCGGCCUAAACCCGGGAUUGCUUUGGAUAUGGGCUAACAGCGCGCGGCCCGUGGUGCCCAAGGAUUCAACGAGGCCCGAGGAUCAGAUCAGCGGGUCCGGUCGGUGUUUACGUCUCACCCCCAACGCGGCAACCAAGGUGUACUCGUACUCUGGCGCCGAGUGCAGUAACCGGCACCGGUACGUGUGCAAGCACGAGGAGAACGCUACGGAAAAGGCGCUGACCAGGAUACAUAAAGCGCUUAAGGACGGCAGCCAGCAAUCAAAACCAACGAUGGUCUUCGGAUCAUCGCCACUGAUUGCGGCCACCGUAUAACCGUAUACACUACUUAUAUAAACUAAAUAUAAUAAUCUAUUGUACAUUAUGUGAUAACACUGAUAACUGAUAAGUACCUAAUUCACGCAUUACCUAUAUAUAUAUAAAUAAUUAAUUGUGAGUCCUACGAAAAAAUUCAAACGCAUGCAAAAUUCGCGAACGGCUAUGAAAUUUAAUUGUAUAAAAAGC